CAGUACUGUGUGACUUAAAAACAGACUUGUAAGUUCAUAGAAUAUACUAUGUUAUUUCAGUGGUUAAAAAUAUGACCCUUUUGUGUUACAAUGUGAAUGGUAAAUUUGUGAAAUUUGUGAAUAAGAAUUUAAUAUGAAAAAGAUGUGAAGGUUGUUAAAAUGAGAGAAAAAGAAAAGAGAAAGUUAUAAAUCCUGUUAAUAAAGACAGAGGACAGCCUGCUGAACGAGCACAACUAAAUUAUCCCGUCUCUUCUUUUCCUGAAUCAAAACAGGGCAUAUUUAUCUGUUAACAGGUUACUCAUGCUUGAGGCCUGUAACAGAAUUUUGGAGGCACCGCUGGGAUCGGCAUCUGACGACGGCUGAUGUUGAUCCUUUAACCUACGAACUCGAGGCAGAGAUCACAGGACAGGCCUGCUGGAGUGGAUGGUGUGUGACUGAGGCAGCUACGGGACCACAGCUUGCGAGAGGGGACCACAGCUGGAGGAGUGCACUGCCGAUCGCUCGAGGUGACUGGACUGUGAGACAUUGCUGACCAAGUGACAAUAUGGAGGACGCCGAAAGAAAAGGACUGAGCUGGAAGAUAAAGAAAAGCCUGCACACCCUGACCACAGAAGAACUGUUUCAGGUAGCUGCGAACAUUCCACCGGCUCCAGAGUUGGAUUUUUCAUGUGUAACUGAGGGUGAUGAAGAGAGUUGCUUUGAUUAUGUAUGCACAUACAUGAACUGUAAAACAUUACUUGAGUUAGAGGACCAGGGAUUUUCUCAUUUGUUGUCUUUGAAAGAUGAUAUCACUGAGCUAAUUUUUUGUCGUGUUACCGAAGUCAGUCAACCCAUAGUGUCAGGUAAUGAGAGUGUUACACUAACAGCAACAUCUACGCCCACUCUAGCAGCUCAACAGGACAGUGUAGAGAGUCAUGUUGUUGACACAUAUCCUGUUGAUUCAGAAGCAGUUGAGUAUCAAAAGCUAAUGGCUAACUAUGAAGCUCUAGGUAGGAAGUUAGCUGAGUUUAAGACUGCAGCACCAGAAAACCAUAUACCUACCUUCACUGACACACAGUUACCACAUCCCAGAACAGAGAAAAAAACGGAUAGUCACACCACAACAGACCCAAAAAGCUUCAGGCCUGAUAAUAUGGUUUCUCUAAGAGACCUAUCAUUCCUUCAGCGCAGAGAGUUUAAAGUACAUGGCGGUCAGGUGGGAGACAGUACAUCAGACAUCACUUACCAUGGACUAUGUAAGCAGAUAGAUGAGGGACGCAAGGCAAGCCACACAGAGGGUGAGAUCAUCCAAGGUGUGCUCCGCAUCAUCAAACCUGGACAGUUUAAGGACAUGUUGAUCAACAAGGACGACUUGACUCUCUGUGAGCUUAAGAGCUUCCUGCGUUCACACCUGAGCGAGAAGAGCGCAGGCCUUCUCCCCAAGUAUAGCAAUAUUCGCAAUGAGCUCAAGCCACUCCUGUCUGAUUACACUGUUCCAGAUGAAGCACUGAUAAGCUAUGCAGUGGACUGUUUAUUGGACUCUGGUGCCCAAGUCAGUCUCCUGGACCGCCAGUGGGUGAAGACUUACCUUCCUGAUCACAAGCUGCGCCCAUUGGCUGAACUCCUAGGAGACAAGGGUCUCAGUGUAAUAGCUGUCAAUGGUGAACCAUUACCUUAUGAUGGCUGGGUGGGGGUGAUGGUGAGUCUUCCAGGCAACAGCGACCCCAACUUAACAAUACAAGUACCUUUCCUUGUGAGCAGUGUGCCCAUGGACCGUCCCCUGAUUGGUUUUAACGUGAUUGAGCAGCUGAUAUUGGGGCUGGAGGAGGGUGCAAACCUGGUAUCUGCCCUUGUGAAUCUCCUUCGUGAUGCAAUGAGUCUCCCAGAUGACAAUGCAGCUGCGCUAGUCAACUUCAUCCAGGCGAAGCCCACCAGUGACAAUGAAGUGAGUCGAGGUGCAUUGAAGGUGGGACUGAACAAUGUGGUUAUUCCAGCUGGUCAGCUAGAUGUUGGUGAGAGCCUAAUAGAGAUUAGCCAGGCUAAAGUUCCCUAUGUUAGAGUUCCAAUUGGCAACCACACCAAACACGAGGUGACCCUCUCCUGUAGGUCUAUUCUAGGGAGCAUUGAGCCAGUAGCCAGAGUAAUACAGACAGACAAGUUAGACCUCACUAAGUCGAGUGUUACUCCGGAAGUCAACAGAGAAGAACCCCCUAGAACUCAACCAGACAAGACAGGUAGCGUAGCACAGGAAUGGGACCCACCAGUUGAUGUGAGCUCCUUAAGUGAGGACCAGCAGAAAGUUGUCAAGAAAAUGCUGCGGGAAGAAUCAGGAGCUUUCGCCCGAGAUGAUGAUGAUGUGGGCUGUAUACCCAGCUUGGAAAUGUCCAUCACCCUGAAGGACAAUACUCCUAUUCAAAAAACAUAUACCUCCAUCCCGAAGCCUCUUUACAAGGAGGUAAAGGAGUACAUUGAGGAUCUUCUGGCACGGGGAUGGGUUGUGAGGUCGAAAUCUCCUUACUCAGCACCGGUAGUCUGUGUACGAAAGAAAGAUGGGACACUCAGACUCUGUAUUGAUUACCGUCUUUUGAACCAGCACACCAUCUCAGACCGGCACCCUUUGCCAAGGAUCCAAGACAUCACAGAUACCUUAGGUGGGUACAGUUGGUUCUCCAUUCUAGACCAGGGGAAGGCGUACCACCAGGGAUUCAUUGCGGAGGGGUCACGCCACCUGACUGCAUUUAUCACUCCCUGGGGUCUCUUUGAGUGGGUGCGUAUACCCUUCGGACUGACUAACGCACCUGCUGCAUUUCAACGCAGUAUGGAAGAAAUGCUCGCUCCCCUGCGAGAUGAGUGUUGUAUUCCCUAUUUGGAUGAUAUACUGUGCUUUGCCAGAACAUUUGAGGAUCAUGUUGAAGGGCUGAGGAAAGUUCUCAGAGCGCUGCAAAGCCAUGGAGUCAAGCUCAGGCCCACCAAAUGCGACCUGUUCAAGCAGGAAGUGAGAUAUGUUGGUCGUUUGGUCUCAGCGGUAGGGGUGCGCAUUGAUCCCAAAGACCUGGAGGCAGUGUAUGCUCUGAAGAAGGAAUCACCUGCUACUGUUGGAGAUGUGCGGAGGAUUGUUGGCUUCUUGAGUUACUACCGAUCGUAUAUUCAAGAUUUUUCCAGGAUGGCCACACCAAUCUAUGAGCUCCUGCAGCCUAGGAAGAACCAAGAGCCACAGUCACAGGAAAAGCUGAGGGCACAAAAAGGAAAGGGUACACAGUUACCAUCCAGAGCUCCAGUUGCAUGGACUGAGAAACACCAGGAGACACUGAGUAAAUUGAUUGAUCAGCUGGUGAAUCCUCCUGUUCUUGCCUAUCCAGAUUUCGAGUUGCCGUUUGUGCUCCACACAGAUGCGUCUGAUAAGGGACUUGGAGCUGUCCUCUACCAGAGCCAAAAUGGGAAACUCAGGGUAAUUGGAUACGGUUCAAGGACCCUUACCCCAGCCGAAAGAAAUUACAGGCUACAUUCAGGCAAACUAGAGUUUCUCGCUCUUAAGUGGGCCGUUUGCAAGAAAUUCAGAGAUUACCUGUAUUACGCCCUGCAUUUCACUAUUUUCACAGACAAUAAUCCCUUGACAUAUGUCAUGCGUACGGCUAAGUUGAAUGCUUUUGGCUUCAGGUGGGUGGGUGAGCUGUCAGAUUUCAGAUUUGACAUACGGGACCGACCUGGCAAAGCAAAUGCCGACGCAGACACUCUUUCAAGAUGCCCUCUCGACAUUAAUAAAUAUGUCAAAGAAUGUACACAGGAACUGUCCAAAGAAGCUGUCACUGCCACAUGGGGAGGCUGCAGAGCAGGAGAGGGUGGAGAUGUUGCCUGGAUUGCGGCCCUGACUCUAAGACAUGGUGACCAGUUCGAACCAAGCAGUAGAGAAACAGUACCACCUAUUGACCGUGUUGACCUGCAAAAAGCUCAGAGAACAGAUCCGGUGAUAGAACAGAUCAGUGACAACACAGUUUACAAGGUGGUCUCAGAAAUGGAUGGGAACAAGUCACGUGUCCUGCAUCGCAACUUGUUGCAUCUUGUCAAUGACUUACCUAGUGACCUACCAGCAGCACAAGAAAAGACAAAACCAGUACCAAAGAGGAAAGGGCCAAAAUCACCUUACAGAGAGACAGGACCACAGUCGAACAGUGAAACAGGGUCUGAUGAUGAUGAAAGUUCCAUCCACUAUGAGCUAAGAUAUAACUUGAGGAGUGAAAACAGAAAGGAUGUCACACUGACCAGUGAGCCUGCUUGUGUUCCCUUAAAGAACCCUGCUCCUACUGAAUUCUGUCAAUCAGUCAACUGUGGACAAUCAGUAAGGGGAAGAGGAUCAGGACAUAGACACGUCACAAGAGAACAAAAGGAAGUAGAAAAGGAACUGUACAGUGAAGAUCAGUACAGUGAACCUAGCAGUGAGAGUGAAGGAGAGGAACGAAGGAGAAAUGCAGAGCCAAGGGUCAUUCAUAACGCUUCCCAGGAGCGUGAAAGUGAGAUUGAGCAGCCUCUUCCCGGAGUGGCACAAGCAGAGCCUGACCUGCCUCCAGACACUGAUGAACAGGCACUCAGAAGGUCGACUAGGACUAGGCGACCAGCAACACAGUUCACAUACAAUACACUGGGCCAGCCCUCUUUCCAGGGACAUCCAUCAGUCAGUAGUGCAGAGGUCUAUGAAUCACCAAACAUGACACCUUGGUACAUGCAAUCAUACCCCCUCACACCCUAA